AUGCAAUCCGAGUGGAAGCAGAUAAGCACAGUUUUCCGGGAACAGCCCCUUGUGCUAGUUCAAAAACCCGAGCCAAGAUGGCUAGACCAUCUCUCCUGCGUCUGGGAUGCCCCAGGUGCUCUGAAGCAGGUCACAAGACUCAGAAAUCGCUAUCCCACAUGCAGACAGUUAUUCAUAUCCAUUCUGGGUGUGAGGCAAGCCAGCACUGAAGAUAUCGUUGAGGAACUGUGUUCUGUCUCAGAUGAGGGCGAUCUGGUUGUCCAGCGUUUCAGCGAGCUGUUCUUCCUGCUGAAGGAAUACGUUGUUGACCAUGAAGAGCUGAGCAAGGAUCAGGUUCGAAGAAUCCGAGAAGCCGCGAUGAAGUUCAUCUGGAGCAAGCUUUCGAUGCAGGGUCGCUAUGCUUAG